CGCGCAACCCGUCCCAGGCAGCGCAGCCACACAUACCCACACCAACUCUCAUUCCUCGCACUCUGUCUUCAACCUCAUCGCCUUUAUCCAUCCUAUCUCCGGCCUCUCUCUCUUCGGCAUGGGGAACUUCGCGUCCUGCACGCUGGCCAGGAUCCCCGGGGCGGCCAAGGGCGCCAGAGUCGUGCUCCCCGACGGCGGGCUCAGGCUCGUCAGGCCCCCGGCCACGGCGGCGGAGCUCAUGCUCGAGGCGCCGGGCCAUUUCCUGGCCGACGCGCGCGCGCUGCAGGCGGGCCGCCGGAUCGAGGCGCUCGCGGCUGACGAAGACCUCGAGCUCGGCGGCGUCUACGCCGCCUUCCCCAUGAAGCGGCUCGGCUCCAAGGCCGCGCCCGCCGACGUGGCGCGCCUGGCCGCCGUUUUCGCCAGGGAGGCUCAUGGCCGGAGGCCUGCCUCGGCCAAGGUGGCGGCCAUCGUCGUGGCGCCGCCCGAGGCGGCUUCCGUUGCCGCCGAGGCGGACCUCGCGCCGGUCAGGGCGCCGCGGUUGGAUGAGAUGGCCGUGGACGACGAGGCGGCUGCGGCGGAGAUCGGGGAGCUCAAGCAACGGAUUAGCGGCGGCCGCUUGUCGAGGCGGCGGCCGACGUUGGAGACCAUACACGAGGAGAGCUACGCCGCGCUAGCAUGCUAAUGCUACAAGUCAAGUGGCCAUCUAACAGACCGAGAGAUGGCAAAGGCCUUCUCUCGUAUUCUUUUUUCCCCUUUUUUUGACCAUGUGUAAAUUUGCUGCCUCUUUUUUCAUGUAUUUUUGAGCGAUGAAAGGGCAAUUGAACCCAAAAAUAUGGUGGACAAGUGAUUAAUGAAUCAAGGAGAUUCAUCAUUUUUUUGUCAA